CGGCCCGUCACGGCGCCUCCCGCCGCCCGUCUCUGCGAGGAAAGGCUCGCCGUCCGCCCGCCAGGAUGUCGUACAUGCUGCCGCACUUGCACAACGGGUGGCAGGUGGACCAGGCCAUCCUGUCGGAGGAGGACCGCGUCGUGGUCAUCCGCUUCGGGCACGACUGGGACCCGACGUGCAUGAAGAUGGACGAGGUGCUGUACAGCAUCGCCGAGAAGGUUAAAAACUUUGCUGUUAUUUAUCUUGUGGAUAUCACUGAAGUACCAGACUUCAACAAGAUGUACGAGUUGUACGAUCCCUGUACUGUCAUGUUUUUCUUCAGGAACAAACACAUCAUGAUUGAUUUAGGUACAGGUAAUAACAACAAGAUCAACUGGGCAAUGGAAGAUAAGCAAGAGAUGAUUGACAUAAUAGAAACUGUUUACAGAGGAGCCCGCAAAGGUCGAGGUUUGGUGGUAUCGCCAAAAGAUUAUUCCACUAAAUACAGAUACUGACAUUUCUUAGGGCUGCCUUUUCUCUCAGUUCUACAUCCACUUAAAUAUAUUAUUGUGUAUGUGUGUACAUAUAUGUAUAUUAAAAGAAAAAAAAAACCUAAAAAUCCUUGAACUUUGAGCAUAAUUUGAAUUAUUUAAAAGGUUUAAAUUCUGUUUGAAAAGUAGAAGACUCAAAGCCCGUAACUGUCUUGACUGCAGUAAUAUUGUAGCUGAAUUUUGGGGGUUUAUUUUUUAAAGACUUUACUCUUUGUUGCCCUUUUGGUAUUAUGUAUUUUUGUACACAGAAAGCCUGUUUGGGGAAAAACAUUUUGACUGUUUUUAGUCUGCUUUUGUUACACAGAUGUCCAGGAAAAUGACAGCUUUUUUAAAAGAAUAAAGUGAGAGUUCCACAUA